AUGCCCUACAAAAUUGACCGUUUUAUCCUCUUUGGAGACUCGAUCACCGAGUACUCGAGCAAGCAGGAUGGUUUUGCCAUGGCGCCUGCUUUGCAAGAUCUUUACUCCACCAAGUUGGAUAUAGUGACCCGUGGCUUUUCCGGCUAUAACACCAAUCAAGGGGUGGUGAUGUUAGAACAAGUGUUGGAGGCGGAAAAACUCGCCGGCAACACCGUCAGGCUCAUGUAUGUGUUUAUGGGAACAAACGACGCAGCCACCACAUUUCAGCAUGUCAGCUUGGACCAGUAUAAACAAAACUUAGAUAAGAUGGUGAAGAUGAUUCUCAAAGAGGACAUUAAAGUGAUGGUGGUGGGUCCCACGUUGCACGAGGAAAACGCCAGUCCGGAAUUCAAGGAUGAACCGCCGUUUUCCAGCUCCAAGAGAAACAAGCAGUAUGCCGACGUGGCCAAAGAGGUGGCCACGAAAAAUAAUGUUCCAUUUGUCGACUUGUGGAGUGCCUUCCAAAAGGAGAGUGGCUACACGGCGGAAGAGUUGUUGGAGAAAAGUAGAGACUUGAAGAAGUUCUUGCGGGAUGGUGUACACUUUACUCCUGCUGGAUACAAGAUCCUCUACAAUGAGCUAGUCAAGACCAUCAACACAAGUUUCCCCGAGCUUGCGCCAGAAAAUUUGAGACUGGCUUUUCCCUACUACAGGGAUGUGGACUUUGACAACUCCAGACAGAGCCUUUUGGAUUAUCUCAAAAAGUCGUCCUGA